UCCCAUUGGUCACCUUCGGCUAACGCUAGAGCUAACCAGCUAACGCAGUAAAAUGAACAUGAUGCGACGGCUGAACACUCAAAUCUACUUUGGCCAACCUGAAUCAAGAAUUGCCACAGCCUUUAUAUAACCACGGUAAAAUAAGCGACAUACUGUUGAAGAUCCCAUGACGGCAUCUACUAAAGUCAGCGCUGGUGCGAAAAGAGAAGUAGCUAAGCUAAUUGUAGCCCAAACUAGCUAACCUAAAGGCUAAUGUCAACGCCGCGCUUGAAUGGGUGUGUUGUGUGUGUAAAGAGUUUAUCAUCAACAAUGCACGGCUGCUUCUUGUCUCGUACAUGGGUCCCGACCAACCGAACCACAAAAGUGUAAUUAAUUUGCCGAAACAUGAGCUUUGUCAGCCAGGACAGUGUGUCUUGACCAGUCUACUCUGCAGCUAACCCGGAGGUUCAUCUGUUGUGAUUGCGAUCCCUCAUCUCGACCCUGAGUGAGCUAUCUAUCGCUAUGGUCCAGUUAAUUCCAUCUAAACCAAUGUUUUUGUUUUGUAUGGCUAAACUUUGACAAUUUGGGACUUUCUGCUGUAUUUGAAGAGGACAACAUCCAACAGUCCCAAACGUGGAUGCAGGGGAGAGGUGGCGAGGCUCUCAUUUCUGCCAUUCAUUUCAACAGCGUCCAUCUAAAAACUACUCGUGUUUUGAUUUUGAGUCGCUGCUGUAAAUCACUGACUGCCCCUGUGAAGAUUUGGUGGAUGGAUUUGCGGUCAGUACUUCACAAGGAUCAUUCUGGACGGGGAAAAUCUUGCCCUGUAACGAGACUAAAAACAUAUGGACAAAACGUACCGGAAAUGAUAAUGGAUUUUUAAACCUGACCAGCUGUCUCUACACAAAACCACCCGUGCAUCAUGUCUGCUUUCUCUGAGUUUGUGCCUCCUCCUGAGUGCCCUGUCUUUGAACCCAGCUGGGAGGAAUUUUCAGAUCCGCUGGGUUUUAUCAAUAAGAUCAGACCUAUUGCUGAGAAAACUGGAAUCUGCAAAAUACGCCCCCCAGAGGACUGGCAGCCUCCUUUCGCUUGUGAUGUGCGCAACUUUCGAUUCACUCCAAGAGUUCAGCGACUCAAUGAACUUGAAGCUCUCACUCGUGUUAAGCUCAACUUUUUGGAUCAAAUCGCUAAAUUCUGGGAGUUGCAAGGAUCCAAACUUCGAUUUCCUCAUGUGGAGAGAAAAAUCCUGGACUUGUAUCAACUCAGCAAGAUCGUAUCCUCUGAAGGUGGCUUUGAGACUGUUUGUAAAGAGAAGCUGUGGUCCAAAGUGGCCACUCGGAUGGGUUUUCCACCAGGGAAAGGCACUGGGACAUUACUGCGCUCCCAUUAUGAGAGAAUCCUUUAUCCCUAUGAGCUCUUUGAGUCUGGGGCCACUUUAACAGGCAUCCAGCGCUUGUACGAGGAGGGAGAUGAGGCUGAGGAUGUGGAUGAAGGGGUCGGAGAGGAGACUGUGGAGGAAGAAGAGCCGUAUGAAGACGAAGACAAAGAGAAGGACAAAGAUGGCGGCGAUGCAGCUCAAACCAAAGACAGGCCCCCAGCAGAGAGACGCUCCAGGCGCCUGAAGUCUGAGAGAGAAAACAAAGAUCCCAAAGGCAUCAAGCUUUUUGGUUCAAGUCCCAAGAUGGUCGGCUUGGAAAUUGUUUCCACUGAUGACGGUUACAGCAAAAAACAGCGCUACCUAAAAGCCCAGGCCUUUGCCAUCAAAAUGAGGCCGCGUAAAGAAACCCUGGAGGUCAACUUUAUUGACUUGUACCUCUGCCUGGUGUGUGGGCGAGGAGAUGAAGAGGACCGCCUCCUGUUGUGUGACGGCUGUGAUGACAGUUACCACACGUUCUGCCUCAUCCCACCACUACAGGACGUGCCAAAGGGAGACUGGAGGUGCCCAAAAUGUGUGGCUGAGGAGUGCAGUAAACCCAGGGAGGCCUUUGGGUUUGAGCAGGCUGUGAGGGAGUACACUCUGCAGAGCUUUGGGGAGAUGGCUGAUCAGUUUAAAUCAGACUAUUUCAACAUGCCAGUUCACAUGGUGCCCACAGAGCUGGUGGAGAAAGAGUUUUGGCGCCUUGUGAGCAGCAUCGAGGAGGACGUGAUUGUGGAGUACGGAGCGGACAUCAGCUCCAAGGAUGUGGGCAGUGGGUUUCCAAUCAGAGACGGCAAGAGAAGGCUGCUGGGAGAUGAAGAGGAUUAUGCCAACUCUGGCUGGAACCUGAACAACAUGCCCGUACUGGAGCAGUCAGUCUUGGCACACAUCAAUGUGGACAUAUCUGGGAUGAAGGUGCCCUGGCUCUAUGUGGGCAUGUGCUUCUCCUCCUUCUGCUGGCACAUCGAGGACCACUGGAGCUAUUCUAUCAACUUCCUUCACUGGGGUGAGCCAAAGACCUGGUAUGGAGUCCCUGCGUCGGCUGCAGAGGAGCUGGAGGCAGUGAUGAAGAAACUUGCCCCGGAGCUGUUUGACUCUCAGCCUGACCUCCUGCAUCAGCUCGUAACCAUCAUGAACCCCAACGUCCUCAUGGAGCAUGGGGUCCCUGUUUAUAGGACGAAUCAGUGCGCAGGGGAGUUUGUGGUGACUUUUCCCAGGGCGUACCACAGUGGGUUCAACCAGGGCUACAACUUUGCUGAGGCAGUUAACUUUUGCACUGCAGACUGGUUGCCUUUGGGUCGUCAGUGUGUGGCUCAUUACAGAAGACUCCAUCGCUACUGUGUUUUUUCACACGAGGAGCUGCUGUGUAAAAUGGCCGCUGACCCCGAGAGCCUGGAUGUUGAAUUGGCAGCUGCAGUUUUUAAAGAGUUGGGAGAAAUGAUGAAAGAGGAGACUCAGCUUCGUCAGGCCGUACAGGAAAUGGGCGUUUUGUCCUCAGAGCAGGAGGUGUUCGAGCUGCUUCCUGAUGAUGAGCGUCAGUGCCAUAAAUGUAAGACCACCUGCUUCCUGUCAGCCCUGACCUGCUCCUGUAGCCCUGAUCGACUGGUCUGCCUCCACCACGCCAACGAGCUCUGUGACUGUGCUAUGGGCAGCAAAUGUCUCAGAUAUCGCUAUGACCUGGAGGAGUUUCCUAAUAUGCUCUAUGGGGUCAAAAUGCGAGCCCAGUCCUACGAUACCUGGGCAAAGAGAGUCACAGAGGCGUUAGGAGCCGAUCAGAAGAACAAGAAAGAUCUGAUUGAGCUGAAAGUUUUGCUGGAGGAUGCAGAGGACAGGAAGUACCCAGAGAACAUGCUGUUUCGUCGUUUGAGGGAAAUGGUCAAAGAGGCGGAGACCUGCUCCUCUGUUGCUCAGCUGCUGCUCGGGCGAAAACAGAGGCACAGCACUCGUUUGCGCUCGGAAAGUAGCAAAAACCGCACAAAACUGACAGUAGAUGAACUUAAAGCUUUUGUCGACCAGCUUUAUCGCCUGCCCUGCAUCAUCAGCCAGAUCAGACAAGUCAAGGAGUUGUUGGAGAAUGUGGAGGACUUCCAUGAGCGUGCACAGGUGGCGCUGUCGGACGAGAUGCCUGACUCGUCAAAGCUACAGAGUCUGUUGGACCUGGGCAGUGGUCUGGAUGUAGAACUGCCAGAACUGCCUCGACUCAAACAGGAGCUACAGCAGGCCCGCUGGCUCGAUGAGGUGCGUGUGACCUUGGCUGAGCCCUACAGAGUGACUCUGGAGCUGAUGAAGCGGUUGAUAGACUCUGGUGUGGGGCUGGCUCCUCAUCACGCUGUGGAGAAGGCCAUGGCUGAACUCCAGGAGAUCCUCACUGUGUCUGAGCGCUGGGAAGACAAGGCCAGAGCCUGUCUUCAGGCCAGACCUCGCCACAGCAUGGAGACUUUGGAGAGCAUUGUCCUUGAAGCCAGAAAUAUCCCUGCAUACUUGCCUAAUAUUCUAGCCCUACAGGAGGCCUUACAGAAAGCCAGGGAGUGGACCUUCAAAGUGGAUGCCAUUCAGAGUGGCAGCAGCUAUGCCUACCUGGAGCAGCUGGAGAGCCUGCUGGCCCGUGGUCGCUCCAUCCCGGUGAGAUUAGACCCUCUGGUCCAGGUGGAGUCUCAGGUGUCUGCGGCCAGAGCCUGGAGAGAGAGGACCGCACGCACUUUCCUCAAGAAGAACUCCACAUACACUCUACUACAGGUCUUGAGUCCAAGAGUAGAUAUUGGGGUCUAUGGCAACAGUAAAAGCAAACGUAAACGUGUUAAAGAGUUGAUGGAAAAGGAGCGUGCCGGCUUUGACCCUGAGGCCCUAAGUGAUCUGGAGGAAAGCCUCGAGGAGGUCAGAGACCCCUCUACUGUCGUAGCAGCUUUUAAAGCCAAAGAGCAACAAGAAGUGGAGGCCAUACAUUCUCUCCGAGCGGCAAAUUUAGCAAAAAUGGCCAUGGCCGACCGCAUUGAGGAGGUGAAGUUCUGUUUGUGUCGAAAGACUGCCAGCGGCUUCAUGCUGCAGUGUGAACUCUGCAAAGACUGGUUUCACGGGGCGUGUGUCCCUCUGCCUAAAACUGGGACACAGAAGAAGCUGGGUGUGGGCUGGCAGAGCAACGGAAAAGACUCAAAGUUCCUGUGCCCACUCUGUCAAAGGUCAAGGAGGCCAAGGCUGGAGACCAUUCUGUCACUGUUAGUUUUAUUACAGAAGUUACCUGUGCGGCUGCCUGAGGGGGAGGCUCUGCAGUGUCUGACAGAGAGGGCCAUGAGCUGGCAGGACAGAGCACGACAGGCUCUGGCCACAGAGGAGCUGUCCUCUGCUCUGGCAAAGCUGUCUGUGCUGAGCCAGCGAAUGGUCGAACAAGCAGCCAGAGAGAAAACUGAGAAGAUCAUCAACGCAGAGCUUCAGAAGGCAGCAGCUAACCCUGAUCUUCAGGGUCACAUUCAGACGUUCCAGCAGUCGGGCUUCAGCAGAGCCACGUCACCACGUCCGUCUGUCGACUAUGACGACGAGGAAACAGACUCUGACGAGGACAUCAGAGAGACGUAUGGUUACGACAUGAAGGACCCUGGGGAGGUGAAGCCGUAUCUGUUCUGUGAUGAGGAGAUCCCAGUUAAAUCCGAGGAAGUGGUCAGUCACAUGUGGCCGACCACAACACCCUCCUUCUGUGCAGAGCAUGCUUACUCCUCAGCCUCCAAGUCCUGUGUCCAGAACGUGAGCACUCCUCGUAAGCAGCCCCGGAAGUCGCCCCUGGUCCCUCGCAGCCUUGAGCCCCCAGUGCUGGAGCUCUCCCCUCAGGCCAAAGCGCAGCUGGAGGAGCUCAUGAUGCUCGGGGACCUGCUGGAGGUGUCCCUGGACGAGACCCAGCACAUCUGGAGGAUCCUCCAGGCCACACACCCGCCCUCAGAGGAGAGGUUCCUGCAGGUCAUGGAGCCCGAUGACUCCCUGAUGGAAAAACCUCUAAAAAUCAAAUUGAAGGAUUCCGAGAAGAAGAAAAAGAGGAAGCUGGAGAGAGCAGAGCACCACCACAUGCUGAUGGCUGUUGCUGCCGGUACCUCUGGACUUGGCGAAAUGAGACCCCCCAAACCUAAAGACUUCAAACGGGUCGGUCUGGAGCUGGGUCUGGGGGGCAAACCCAAGAAGAAGAAGCUAAAACUCAAUCUGGACAAGAACAGAGAGAUGAAGCAGCUGGCUAAACGGAUAGCCAAGGAGGAGAAGGAGAGGAAGAGGAAAGAGAAGGCAGCGGCCAAAGCAGAAGCAAUAAGAGAGGGAUUUGAGAAGAGGAAGGAGAAGAAGAUACUGGACAUCCCGUCAAAGUACGACUGGUCCGGAGCAGAGGACUCCAACGAUGAGAAUGCCGUGUGUGCAGCCAAGAACUGCCAGAGGCCGUGUAAAGAUAAGGUGGAUUGGGUUCAGUGCGACGGCGGUUGCGAUGAGUGGUUCCACCAGGUCUGUGUGGGCGUCUCGUGUGAAAUGGCCGAAAACGAGGACUACAUUUGUGUAGACUGUUCCCAAAAGGUCGCAGGAGCAGAGCUGGGCCUGGAGGGGGCGCUAGCGGUGGAGGAGGUGUCCGGAGAGGAGAGUCUUCUUUUACUGUCCCACGCCGUUUGUAGCAGUAUACAGCCCUCCGCGUCAGCAUCGUGGUCUGCCCCCAAAAUGAGCUCUGUACCGUCACAACAACAGCCGGAGCCUCAGGGCAGUUAGCGCACAUACAUCUAAUUAUGUAUGGACUCUAUUAACUAUUGGUACUUUUCAUAGGACAUUGUGCAUUAAUCCUUGGCUGGCUAAAUUCUGUGGCUACGCUCGAAGUUCAGAAGUUAGAUUCAAGUUUUCAGUUUUGUUGUAACACAAUCGCACUUACCUGUAUGGAGUAAGAAAGCUUUCAGAAAUAUUUGUGUGCAUACGAUAGAUAUCCGUGCAUAUUUGGCUGUAGUUGAGUAUAAAAUAAAUAUUCGUAAAUUCUCGAAUGAGUCCAGUCGUACAGAAAAUGUAUUGUGUGUAUUUUAUCCAUCAGAAUACGAAUUGAAAAGUGUACGAUAACGCUUUCUUCAGUACAAAUACAAAUUCACAGACGCGACUUAACUGUCAAAAAUACGUCAUCACUUCACAAACAUUAUGUAUUGAGUAAGAAGAAACAUCGAUCGAAAUGCCUGAUUUUUGCAUCGCAUACGGACUGAACCAGGACUAAACCAGGACUGAACUAAGAGGACUAAACCAGUUUUUGUACACUACCAGUCAAAAGCUUUAGAACACCACACGGUAAAAAAUAGAAAAACUAUUUUUUACCGUUUACUGUUGACCAAAACAUAUUUUAAACUUUUGAUUUGUGAAAGUAGCCGCUUUUGGCAAAUGUAACAGCUGAACACACCUGUGGCUCAUUCUUUUUGCAAUAGAAAUCAAAUAUUCUUCACAAAGUUCUUCCCAAGUCUGUUGCAGAAGUUCCCAUAAGUGUGUGGCACUUGUAAGUUGCUUGGCUUUCACUCUUCCGUCCAGUUCAUCCCAAAACCAGCUCGAUGGGGUUUAAGUCUGGAGACUGUGCUGGACACUUCAUGUUCUCAAGCUCAACAUCUUGUUUUUUUCCUGAGGUAGUUUUGGCAGAGCUUGGACUUGUGUUUUGGGUCGUUAUCUUUUUUUAACCUCUGGCUGUUCAGUACUUAGUUUUACAAGCUCUUCAUUGGUCUUGCACAACUUGAAUUGCAAUAAAUAACUGGAAAAAUUAGGGUGUUCUAAAACUUUUGCCCAGUCAAGAGUUUACGAAUAUUUAUUUUAUGCUCCACUACAGCCAAAUAUGCACGGAUUUCCCAAAUAUUGCACAGAUUUCUAUCCUAUGCACAUGAAUAUUUCUGAAAGCUUUCUUACUCCAUAAACCUGGAGCAAAUUUGUCCCUCUCAGAUACCAUUAUAGGCCGCGUCUCAUUUCUCUUUCCUCACAUCCUUCUCCCAAAGUAGACAUGAAGGAGGUUUCAGGAGCAGACAUCAGAUAAAAUAAUCAAACUUUAUUGGUUUCAGUGAGGAGUGUAUAUCCUUUCUCCUCCCUGUGUCUCCUCUGUGGGCGAGAUUUCCUCACCCAUUUCCUGCAGAAUCGCUGAGAGGAGAAGGAAGCGAGGAGAGAGAAACGAGACGCGGCUACACAAGCACACAUUCGUCAACUUAGUCACUCUGACCUGUAUGUAUAAAGCCUGACUUUUCAAUAUGGCAAAAAAGUAGCCAUAUUUUUUUCCUCAUUGAGCAAUCUCCAUUUUCAGUUAUGAAAAACAAACAUUAGCAUGACUGUUAAUUUGAGCACGGACAUUAGACUUUUUAAUCAACACAAAAUGAUCAAAUUCAUUCCUCAAAAGCUUGAACUCUGCCACCAAGUAGCAAUGGGCUGAUACCAAAAUAUUUCUAUAUCAGUACAGAUUGAGGUCUUGAAAAGUAUUGAUUCUCAUGCAAAAUAAUCAAUACUUAAAUUAUCUAAAAAUAUACAUCUAUUUUUAGUCAAUUUUUUAUGUUGUUUUGAAAUACAUUAUUUGUAUUUUAGUUUAUCUGCACAUGUAAUUUUCAGAUUAGUUCAAACAGGGGUGAUGCAAAGUCGCCAACAUUUUCCCUCUGGUGAGCUACCUUUACAAAAUGAAAAUGGAAAGUUAAUAAUUUUAGCAAUCGCAAGAAAUUGAGUAAAUAUAAGAGCUUUUAGUUGAGGUUCAGUUUGAUGCCUAUAAAACAUUUACACAACUAUUAUCCAUUUAUUAGUGCACAAAGAUUAGGCAUUGGCAUUUACAGUGGUAAUUUAAGUGGCCUUUAACUAAAUUAAAUUUUAGUUAUUCAGCGCAAUACUUAUGAUUCAGAAAUCCCUUGACGAGGUAUUUGGAAUGGGGUGGAGAGCUACUGGUACCUCCCGAGCUACACGUUGGAGACCUUUGCUUUAUAGUGAAGGAGUUUCGAUAAAUUUUUUUCAAAAGUGCUCAAUAUUGCAAAACUGAAAUCACUGGUAUUACCCUUUUCUAGGUUACAGACCUCACAAAACAUGAACUUUAUUCUUCAGUUUUCAAACCAUAUAAAAUCAUUUUCUUAUACUGAUUUGAGUCGUCAUGGUAACUAUGCCGUCCAAUGAAAUGCAAAAUGUUACUGAAAUCUAUCAGUAGUGCACAAAACCCUUAGAAACCUUCCUAUCACGUGCUCUCGAGGUACGAAACGCGCAAAAAAUAUUAUGAUGUGUUGCCAAGAAACACAAAACUCCACAUUUUGCUUGGGAUAGACACAUAGAAGUGCACCAGCUACAACUAUUACUACUGUUCUAAUAAAAGACAUCACCUUUACUGUUGUAUGUGCGGCCAUUAGAGCAAGACUGUUGAGUUUUUCUGUUUCGUCUCUUCCACUCAAAAUUAUUGUAUUUCAUAUGUAUGGGAUUUAAUACUAGGGAAAAAACUGACUGUCACGUAUGGGUUUGUCCAUUUAUUUAUAUUGUACAUAAUUUUUAAUCAAUGAAGAUGGAUUGUGGCGUUUUGUUUUCUCACCUGUAUUAAACUAUUUCUUUAACUAGUCAAAUUAUAGUUAAAGGAGCCUACA